CAGCGGGUGAAGAAGAAGCGGAGCCCUUAAAGCGCGAACGCGUGUUUUUCUUCCUGCACGUUCGCGCGGUUUGUUUGUUUGGUUGUUUAGUUUGUUUAUUUUUCAUUGUCCGUCGCUUUAGUUGUCGUGUUUUAUAAUCUGUCGUUUUUAAAAUGCCCAAGAGGUCGUACCCGUUCAGCGAGAGCUUCUCCUCUCAGUAUAAGGUUCAUGUUGGCCUGAAGGAGAUCAACAACUGCGGAGUUUUUGGACUCAAAUACAGACAGGAGAUUUAUGAAAAGACCAAAAACCUGCUCUUUAAUGGGACCAAAGCCAUGAUGGGUCGAAUCUGGAAGGCGGACGGGGAGGAAAAGGCGUCAGACGCGCUCGUGUCCGAUCAGACUGCCGUAUCGCCGGCUCCUGGACAUCAGACGCUUCUCAAAGGACAAACACGCAUUGGGCUGGAUGGACGGUUACAGAAAGCAAGUGCUGCUCCAGGUUGUGCAGCGGCUCCUACAGCAUGUUGUGUGUGUCAGAGGGUGUCUGGUUCGAGGAAGCCGUGCUCUCAGUGUGAGCGUCCUGCGUGUGCGGCGUGCAUCCAGCAGUGCAACAGCUGCUCCGACCGCUGCUGCUCCUUAUGCACCGUCACUGAUUAUAGUGAGCGUUACGAGCGUGUCCUCUGCUGUGGCUGUUCAUCCUGAUAGCAGCGAUCACAACAGACGUGUGCUGAGACGACUGACCGUUAUGAUGCCAGACAUUAUUUUUAAUGCGUUACCCAUUACAUGUAAAUGAGAUUACUAUUUUAUAUAUGCAUUGUUACUUGCUCUGUACUUCCUUUUUAUGUACAUACUCCUGUGGUUAUUCAAAUAAAUACUUGACAUUGAUAA